UCCCCCACCCAGGCUCAGGGUACAAAUCAGCCAGAACUAUUGCUGUGUACGGGCUAAGAUGGGGCAGCCCUCCCUCACCGAUGCAGUGCCCAGGGAAACUGAGGCACACACAGAGUUACAACAGAGCAGCACAGGCCAGUCGGAAUCGCACACAACACAGCGAACACCAUCCCCGCUGCGUCACACCGCAGUCUGGCCGAGAGUAGUGAGUUAAGCCCAGCGGCUGUGGGGCUGCCUGGGUCUACGCGUUGGGCCUGAGACCACUGAAAAUGCCCAUGGGACCUCUGAGUUGGGCAGAGCUGGGCUGUGCAGGAACAAGCCGGGGCCAGACAAGGCUUCGUUUCCAGGAGCACCAUCUGGGCAGGGCAAGGGUGGUUGUGGCUGCUUCCCUGCUUGCUGAGCUGCAUGUCUCCUUGGCAGGUACCACGACCAGCAGGAUGUGACCAGCAACUUCCUGGGUGCCAUGUGGCUCAUCUCCAUCACCUUCCUCUCCAUCGGCUACGGCGACAUGGUGCCUCACACCUACUGUGGGAAAGGCGUCUGCCUCCUCACCGGCAUCAUGGGGGCUGGCUGCACCGCCCUGGUGGUGGCCGUGGUGGCCAGGAAACUGGAACUCACCAAAGCCGAGAAGCACGUGCACAACUUCAUGAUGGACACGCAGCUGACGAAGCGGAUCAAGAAUGCGGCAGCCAACGUCCUGCGGGAAACCUGGCUCAUCUACAAACACACCAAGCUGCUGAAGAAGAUCGAUCAUGCCAAAGUCAGGAAGCACCAGAGGAAGUUCCUACAAGCCAUUCACCAGCUGCGCAGUGUCAAGAUGGAGCAGAGGAAACUGAGCGACCAGGCCAACACGCUGGUCGACCUUUCCAAGAUGCAGAGCGUCAUGUACGACCUGAUCGCAGAGCUCAACGACCGGAGCGAGGACUUGGAGAAGCAGAUCGGCAGCCUGGAGUCCAAACUGGAGCAGCUCACCACGAGUUUCAACUCUCUGCCCCUGCUCAUCGCCGAAACCCUGCGCCACCAGCAGCAGCAGCUCCUCGCGGCCCUCCUCGAGACUCGCGGCAUCAGUCUGGUGGGGGGCCCCCCCCAGACGCCCCUGUCGGACAGUCCACUUGGGGUCAGCUCCACCUCCUUCCCCACCCCUUACACCAGUUCCAGCAGCUGCUGAAGUGCGGCUGAGCCCCUGCGCAGACGGACGGGAAGAGCUGCUCGUGGGUCUUCAGAGUCCAGUCGACUUUCUCCCGGCCCCAGGCCGCUGCAGGAUCAUCCGCGCCGGCGCUGGGAGCACGGCCAAACCGCUGCCAUGGGGAGCGCCCCCUCGGGGUUCUCCGGCGCCGCAGGAGCAGAAACCUCUCCAGGGCAGGAGGAGGAAGCCUCCGG